CCCCGCCGGCCCCAGCUGGUCCACGUGGGUUCACGGAGGCCUCGCGUCAAGGACCGAUCCCGGGCGGCGUGAUGGGUGGGCGGCCCGGGGUCCGUGGCCUAGUGGGGGCCGGGAAGGCCCCCUGGGUCUCCGUUCAUCCCGCCAACAUCUCCCGGUUGAACAAAGUGUUUCUGAGCCGAGGGAACAUCGCGCGAGGUUCCGGGUGGAACCUGGCCUUGAUAUCACCGUGACCCUGGCCUCGGCCUCUUCCUCUGUACAAUCAGAGUUUGAAUUAGUGAAGCCACUGGGUGACCUCGAAGGCUUUUCAGCUCUGAUUUUGCAUUUCCUUUCUUUCCUUUCUCCCUUCUUUCCUUUCUUUCCUCCCUUGUGUCGGCACCGUUCAAGGCUCUGGGGGUACAGCAGUGAACAAAAUAGAAACACGUCUCUAAUCUAGUGAAUUUACAUUCGAAAGGGAAGGGACAGAGAAUAAAGAAAAAGAUACAUGCAUUCGAUGGUGAUAGGUACUAUGGGGAAAAAUAAAGCAGAAAAAGGAAUAAAGAGGCAAGCAGGUGAAGGAGUGAGCCAGGCUGGCAGCGGGGAGAACAUCCCAGGCAGAGGGAACCAGCAAGGCACCCAGUGUAGGUGAAGCAAAUGGAGCAAAGGAGACAGAAAUAGUGGGUGAGGUCAGAGAGAUAAGGGGGCAGAGCAGUCAUGUAGGACCUUUGUAAGGAAGUAGGCUUUUCCUCUAGGAGAAAUGGGGAGCCUUGGGAAGUUUUUCAGCAGAGGUAAGAUAUAAUCUGAUUUUGGCAUUUUAAAAGUCUUUCUGGGUGCGUUUUUGGAAAUCAGCAGGGAGCAGGAUCAAGGGUGGGAGCAAGAGAUCAUUUAGAGGCAAUUAGUGACGUCAUGGUUUAGAGCUAUGGCUGCUAAGCAAAAGGUUGGUAAUCCUUAUCCACCAGGCUCUCCUUGGAAACCCUACGGGGCAGUUCUGCUGUGUCCUGUAGGGUCGCUAUGAGUCAAAAUUGACUCAACAGCAAUGGGUUUGGGUUUUUUUUUUUUUUUGGCAUUGUCUAGGUGAAUGAUGGUGGCUUGGGCCAGAAUACAGGCAGUAGAGGUAGUAAGAGGUAGUUGAAAUCUGGAUGUAUUUUGAAGAUAGAGCCAACAGCAUUUACUGGUGGAUUGUUUGAAAGUGUGAGAAGAGAAGUUGUGAGUGACAUCAAGGUUUUUUCGUUGUUGUUAGUUGCCAUUGAGUUAGCUCCGACUCAUGGCCACCCUAUGUAUAACAAUGAAACACUGCCCGUUUCUGUACCCUUUUCAUGACUGUUGGUAUGUUGAGUCCAUUGUUGCAGCCACUGUGUCGAUUCACCUCAGAGGGUUUCCCUCAUUUUCACUGACACUGUUCACAUUUUCGCUAACCUCGUUUUUGUUGAUCAAGGUUUUUAGCUCCAGCUACACUCAGGAUUUUAUCAGAUGGCCAUUGAUUGAGGAGACUGACACUGCAGGAAGAUCAGGCAGGAUGGCAAAACAGAAGAGAAAGAUUUCCAAAGCCACUGAAAAAAAGAACAAAAAAUUGAAGAAGGCAUCAGCAAAAGAGGUACUGCUCAUGCCUGGAACCGCGUCAGAUGAAAAGGAAGUGCACCUAGAGGCCCACACCAACAGGAGGGACCCACACGUCCUCCAGGUGUGUCUCGGCCCGAGCAGGGCAGCCAGUAGCAAGGUGCUGGAGGUGAACCCAGCGCCAUCCCUGUCCCCGGGGGAGCAGCGAACCCUGGAGCGGAAGCUGAAGAAGGAACGGAAGAAGGAGGAGAAGCAGCGCCUGCGGGAAGCAGGGAGCCAGCCCGCCCCACAGACCCCAGCCACACCCACACCCGUGCCCUCGGGGGCCACGUUGGCCCUGGACUACCUCUGUAGUUGGGCCCAGAAGCACCAGGACUGGAAGUUCCAGAAGACACGGCAGACCUGGCUCCUGGUCAACAUGUACGACAGCGACAAGAAACAACUGGGUGAUCCAGCUCUGGAGUCCAGGGUUCCUGACGAGCACUUCCCCACCCUGCUGGCCUACCUGGAGGGGCUGAAGGGCCAGGCCCGUGAGCUGACUGUGCAGAAGGCCGAGGCCCGGAUGCAGGCGCUGGACGAGGCAGGGGCUGGCAACCCGGACCCCCUGCUGCUGGGGCAGGUCCAGCGGGUCCGCCAGGUGUUGCAGCUGCUCUCCUAGGAGUGUGACUGUCCAUGGGCCCCGUGGAUACCGCUUGGCCACCCCUCCCACCCCACUGCAGUGGGGCUGUGGGCCCGGGGGGCACUGGCUGCCAGUGGGCAACACAGCUGCUUCCGGUCUUGCAGACUGCCUCUCCCACCGAGCUGCCUCGGUUAGCGAGAGCCCCACGUCCAGAGCCUUGAUUUCCUCUCCGGAGGUGUCUGCCCACUGUUGGAAUGGGAGCUGUGCCCUUCUGCAUUGUUUAAAUCCCUCUAGAGCAGAAAGCGGCGCGGUGGUUACAGCGCUUGGCUGCUAACCGAAAGGUCAGCAGUUUGAACCCACCAGCCGCUCCCAGGAGAAAGAUAUGGCAGUCUGCUUCCAUAAAGAUUACAGCCUUGGAAACCCUGUGGGGCAGUUUUACUCUGUCCUGUAGGGUUGCUGUGAGUAAGAAUGGACUUAAUGGCAGCGGGAUGGAUGGAUGAGAUGGCUCUGAGCUAUCCAAGUCCCUGGCCCUCGCCUGAGGACGGCCCUCAGCCCCCAAGGAGAUUGUUGAGGGAAAUGUCUAUUUUUCUACGGGGAUGUUUUUCAGAAAUUGACCCAGAGCCAUCACACCACCUUCCCCCUGCUCAGCUGUGGUCAGUGGUGUCGUGGGGUGCCCCGUGUUUGGGUUAUUUCCCAGACUGUUCCUGGUCCCCUGCUACAUUCCGGGUGGGGCCUGUGGCAGUGGCACCUCCCACCAUCCAUAAAAUAAAACACCUCUCUGGGCCAGCACCGUGUGGUGCUUGUGCAGCUGUUUCCUUUUCUGAGCGCGCCACAUCUUUAAAAUCUGACACAGCCCCCACCCCAAGGUGGCCGUGUGCUGUUCUCAUGGGACACUGGGUGGGCGGGUCAGGACUGGAUGGGACAGGCA